AUGAUGCUUCUAAGGUCAACUGCCAUAAUCAAGGAUGCGCAGAGCGACAAGCACGGUUCCAAAAGCGGACCCGUGCAUGGUGGGAGCAAAGGAGUGGGCACGGAGACUCCGCGCUUGCGCCGGACUGUCCGAGCUGAUCUGGAUGCGGGUGCCGGUGGCGCUGAGGAGCUGUCCUCCUCCUCCGGGGGCACAUGCCCCAUCUGCGUCUGCCCCAUGAGCUGCAGUGAGCGCCUCUAUGCCGCCAGCUGUGGCUACCUCUGCCACCUGGCGUGCAUGCAGCGCUUUUCCCUGAAGGAGAGCCAGUCCCAACCUGCAAGCCGCCUCUGCCCCGUCUGCUUCUCCGUCCACCCACGUGCAAGCUUCUCCUCGGGCGUGCGCCGCAGUGUCAAAGCUGUGGUCAACCAGGUAGAAGCGUCUCGGGAGCUUCUCGAAGGGGAACGGAGGCUUAGUAGGUCGCGUCCGGUUUCGCCCAGGCUGGUGCAGGACGAUCGUACGUUCGACAACGGGGGUGUUUACAGAGGCCGGCAGCAAACCGCGUCGUCCUUCUCCCCCACCCGCAGCCUCGAGCUGACGUCGCCGGCCCCCUCGUCAGACCUGAUGGCUCUUCUAGCCGCUCGUGACGUCAUCAACAAAGCCCUCGAGACGCAUUACCCUGGCCUCUCCCAGCCGCACUCCGCCCAGCCCUGCCGGGACCUGCCGCCGCGACGGACCCUUCAGAAAGCCGCGUCCGCGCCCGCGCAGUCCUUCCACGACACUCCGCGCGAGCUUGGGUUGGCUCGGCUCGGCAGCUACGAGGAGAACGUCUUUCCAGGCGGGAUGAAGUUUGACGCGCACGGAAAUGUGGCUUCGCCGCGUGCAGACAAGAAUUGCUCCUCGAGGCUUUUCAGUCCUCCUCCGAUCGGGGGCCAGCUGGCCGCGACUAUGCCCGGCCAGGGCUUGCGGAGGGCUGCCAGCUUGCCGCUGCCUCCGAAAACGCGGCCUCUUAGUGCGCUUGUAAAAGAGCACGGUAGAGUCUUUGGGGGGGAUUCCGAGCCGAAGCCCCGCAAGCAACGUCAUGUGAGCAACGACAGCGACUCUGGUGCGCUUCCGCCUGUCAAAGAAACGGAAGAAGCCGUCAGCGGGGCAAGGUUUUACGAGUCGCGGCUUGAGAGGUCACAGUCGGUCGUGUUGGUGACCGAGCGUCUGGCUGACUUCUACCUGAUGACAGCUGAGCAGGGUGGUCGGACGAACAGAAAUUGUUCGGGAGCUACAGAAAGUAGCAGCCUUGCGCCCCUGAGCCUCCAUCGUACGAAGUCAAUGUGAAAAAGAGGGAGCCACGAAGGAACGUUAUGAGUUGGACGUAGUAUUUAGGGGGCUUGGGCUUAUGUUCAAAGUACAGCGGCUUUUUAUUACUAAUCCUCUUUCGAGGGAACUGAUUAUAGGUACAUAAUAUGGCGGCAAUUUGAGCUUUCAAAAGAGCAGACUGUACUUGUGUUGAGCUUUGCUGAUACGAAAACUGAGGGGUUCGAUACGAUAACUGAGGAGUAAGGGCUUGAGAGACAAGUG